GACGUAAACAUUUGUCUGUAUUUAUUGCGAAUCAGAGAUCAGAUGUGGUUCAUUUUUAUUAAACGCAAUUUUCAUAAACUUUUAUCAGUAUUAGAACCUUUAUCGUUAACAGUUGAUUAUUAAUCAUUAAUAUACAAUAUUGUCCUUACGAAGACUUAUGUACUUUGAUAGCAUCAUUCUAAUAAUACGUAUAUUUUAAACAUUCAUCAUGCCACGUAGAAAUCGUCACAAGAAGAGUCCCCUUAUUGGUGAAGAUACUAGAAUAGCAGUAAAUUUAACUCUAAAGAAGUUACUAGAAACUUCUGAUCAAAAAGAAUUAGAAUUUCCUUCUUCAUAUACAGCAGAAGAAAGAGCCUAUAUUCAUAAACUAGCUCAUGAACUUGGACUAAAAUCUAAAAGUAGAGGAAAGGGUACUAAUCGUUUCCUAACUGUGUACAAGAGAGAAGGUUCAACCAUAGUUCAAUCUGAUGCUGUUAUUAAAUUGCAAAAGGCAUCAAGACAGAGUAUUUAUAAUUUAUUGCAAACUUUCCCAUUAAAUCAUAAAGAAUGUCAAGAUUUGCUGCCACCAAUCGAAAGAGAACGACCUCUUAAUGCAGAUGUUUCAGUGAGUACAAGUACAAAAGCAAUGGGUAGGUUAAAUAAUAGUGUACCACAGGUACCACAAUUAAAAACCAAUUUUGAUGUAUUGAACUAUCGUAAAGCUCUCCCAAUUUUUGGCUUCAGAGAAGAUAUUCUUAAUGCCUUGAAUACUAAUCAAGUGAUUAUAAUAGGAGGUGAAACAGGUAGUGGUAAAACUACCCAGGUUCCACAGUUUAUUCUUGAACACUGUCAACAAAGGCAUCAACCUUGUAGAAUUAUAUGUACUCAACCGCGAAGACUAUCAGCUGUUUCUGUAGCUGAAAGGGUGGCAUUUGAGAGAGACGAAAAAAUUGGUCAAACGUUCGGUUACCAGAUUAGGCUUGAAAGUAGAGUUGCUCCAAAAACUCUUUUAACAUACUGCACAAAUGGUGUACUGCUUAGAACCCUUAUGGCAGGUGAUUCUGCUUUAAGCACUGUCACGCACGUUAUUGUGGACGAAAUUCAUGAACGUGACAGAUUUUGUGACUUUCUUCUAAUAGCGCUAAAGGAUGCACUGCAGAAACACAAGUCCCUUAAACUUAUACUUAUGAGCGCUACGUUAGAUGUCAAUAUUUUUGUAAAGUAUUUUAGCAAGUGUGCAGUUAUAAAUGUCUUAGGUAGAUCGUACGAUGUUGAUACAUAUUUUCUCGAAGACGUUUUAAAAAUAACUGGUUACAUGACAAAAGAAAUGCUUUCAAAGAGAAAAGAACUUAUGAAUAAGAAAGAUCAACGCAAACUUUUAGAAAGUUGGACUCAAUAUAAGCCCCAGCAAUCAGGAUCCCAUACCGGGAAUGAAAGAUGUUUGUUGCCAGCUCCGAUUUUGGCACAACAGAAUGAACCGCUCCCAGAGAAAGUCAAAUUAGAACCUUGGUUAAUAGAAGAAAUGGAUAAAAGCAUUUCUGAUGCGUGGUUACGCGGUGGCGAAGAUAAUUUUGCACAGCUUUUAUAUUUCAUACUUUCGGAAAAUGUUUCUGUAGAUUAUCAACAUUCCACUACAUCUGUAACCCCGCUUAUGGUUGCUGCAGGUAGAGGAUGUAUCAAUACUACAGAACAACUUUUAAAUUUGGGCGCAAAUCUAAAUUUGCGAGCAGGCAACGAAUGGACUGCGUUAGAUUGGGCCAGAAAUAUGAAUCAGACCGAAUGUGCAGAAUUAAUAGAAGCAUACAUGAAAACUUACGAUUGUGCAGUACAAGACGACGCAAUAACUCACGCUAAAGAUGUUUCACUUUCAGAAGAAGAUAAACUUUUACUAGAUGUCUAUCAUCAUACGUUCAAUGACGAAAAUAUUAAUUAUGACCUACUUUUACAAUUAAUUAUGCAUAUCCACUUGAAAAUGCCUCUUGGUUCUCUGUUAAUAUUUCUGCCUGGAUACGAUGAUAUCGUGACUAUGAGAGAAAAAAUAAAUAAUGAAGAGAGAGAAAUGAAUCAGGGUUUACGCUAUGUUUUAUAUAUACUUCAUUCGAAUAUGCAAACGUGUGAUCAGAAGAAAGUAUUUAAACCAAGUCCUUUGGGAACGAGAAAAAUUAUUCUUUCAACCAACAUUGCCGAGACAAGUAUCACAAUUGAUGAUGUUGUUUACGUUAUCGACUCGGGAAAGGUUAAAGAAAAAUCUUUUGACGCCAUAUCAGGAGUGUGCACGCUGAAAUCGAAUUGGAUUUCUCAGGCUUGUGCUAAGCAACGCAAAGGUAGAGCAGGAAGAUGUAGGAAAGGCAUAUGUUAUCGAUUAUUCUCUUCGAUUCGAUACAACAGUAUGCAGCCUUAUCAAACUCCAGAAAUUUUACGAUUACCGUUGCAAGAAUUGUGUCUCUAUACAAAACAUUUAGCUCCUGGAAAUACACCUAUUGCAGAAUUUUUGGAUCGUGCUAUAGAACCACCUUCCAAUAUGGUAACAAGAAACGCAGUUCAAUUAUUAAAAACUAUUGACGCAUUAGAUCCGUGGGAAGACCUUACCGAAUUAGGAAGUCAUUUACUUGACUUACCAAUUGAACCGCGACUUGGAAAAAUGUUACUGUACGCUGUUGUUCUGAAGUGUUUAGACCCAGUCUUAACAAUCGUAUGCAGUCUUGCAUACAAGGAUCCUUUUGUUUUACCCUCACAACCAUCACAGAAAAGAGCUGCAACGGCAGCUCGUAAACGAUUUGCAACCAACACCUAUUCUGAUCAUAUGGCUGUUUUACGAGCCUUUCAAGGCUGGCAGAAUGCGCGUGCAAGUGGUAAGGAACGUGCAUUCUGCGAACAAAAUUUUAUUUCUGCUGCCGUGAUGGAAAUGGUGGUUGGAAUGCGCACUCAACUUCUUGGGCAGCUUCGUGCAUCCGGAUUUGUUAGAGCAAGGGGGCCAGGAGAUAUCAGAGAUCUGAAUUCCAAUUCCGAAAAUUGGGCUGUGGUAAAAGCUGCUCUGACUGCUGGUUUAUAUCCGAAUCUCAUAAGAGUAGACAGAGACCACAUGCAGUUAAGAACGCAAAAAGAAGUGAAAGUAUUCUUCCAUCCAUCAUCGACUUUGAGAGAUUAUCCGAAAUCUCCGAGAAUGACAUCUGCUCAAACACACGCUGCUAAUGUAGAGACUUUACCAUGUGAUUGGUUACUUUAUGAAGAAAUGAGUCGUACGGGACGAUUUUGUCACGUCAGAAUGGCCACACUGGUUAAUCCAUUAACAGUGGCAUUGUUUUGUGGACCAGCAAGGUUAUCGGUAGAUGUAAUAUACGAAGCUGAAUCGGUACCAGAGAGUGAAUCCGAUUCUGAAGCUGAUGAAAAUAAUGAAGGAACGAUAUUCAAGCUUGAUGACUGGGUGGUAUUUAAACUAGAUCCUGAAACUGCCCGAUUCUUUUUACAUUUAAGACAAAAAUGGAAUGCUUUAUUCUUAAGACGUAUGAAGACGCCGAACAAAGCCAUGUCACAGUUAGAUGAAAAGGUAGUGAGUACCUUAGUAAGUGUUAUUACAAAUGAGGAACAAGCGUGUGGACUACAACAGCCGUCUGGUAUCGGUCAACGACCUCGUCCUUUAAUCGUUGAUUAUUAUCCUGCCAAUGCUAGACGAACGGACGAUUUUGUAGAGAGAAAUUUUUAAAUUUGGUGGGAAGAAGAAUAUUUU